UUCUUGGUUUAUUGAUUCUCGCGAGAAUAUUCGAGAUUACUAUUGGCGACCAUAACAUUGAAAAUGGCGGAUGACCAAGUUAACACAGGCUCAGUUGCAGGUGAUUUGGAGUCAGGAACACCUGUACCACAGGAAGUACCAGAAAAUGUACAGAAAAUUAUAACAAGUGAGAAAGAACUCCAAGAGAACCCCUCCAAGCGACCUCGAGUUGAUCUCCAGUCUUUACCUACACGGGCCUACCUAGAUACCACAGUGGUUCCUAUUCUACUCAGUGGGAUGUCUGUGUUAGCCAAGGAGAGACCACCUAAUCCUAUUGAAUACCUCGCAGCUUAUUUAUUGAAGAAUAAGAAUCAGUUUGAAUGAUGUAGGAAUCUGGGAGGAGGAUCUAGGUGGGGUGUUGGUCAAUUCUCACUCUGUGAACUUGUUACAGUUUUCAUGCAUUCAUCUGUUAUUUGUGUCUCGACAGUAUCAUUUUAUGUCAAUGUAAUAAACCUUUUAACAUAUAAUAAAA